AUGAAUCAAAGGACGUUUGAAGCUUUGUGCAAGAUGCUAGCUGAGCGAUAUGGAUUGAAAGAGACUCACCAUGUCUACCUUGAAGAAUCUGUGGCGAUGUUUCUCGAGACUGUUGGUCAAGAUAAGAAGAAGCGGGAUAUUGCUGCAAGGUAUCAAAGGUCAGUGGAUACAGUGCAAAGGAAGCUUGAUGAUGUCUUGAGUGCUAUUCUCAAGUUUGUAGUGGAUACAUUAAGACCACAGGAAGGCGAGUUUGGAAGAGUAAAUCAUGUUUUGAGGAAUGAUGAUCGGUAUUGGCCUCAUUUCAGAGAUUGUAUCGGAGCACUUGAUGGAACGCAUGUCCCAGUUCGCCCUCCAAGUCAAAAUGCAGAAGCAUACAGAGGCAGGAAGCAAGAUCCUACAAUGAAUGUUCGUGCUAUAUGUAACUUCGAUAUGAAGUUCAUAUAUGCAUAUGUCGGUGUACCUGGAGGACCACCAGUUAGUGCACGAGAGUUGUUUAACCGAAAGCAUUCAGGUUUGCGAUCAGUGAUUGAGAGGACAUUUGGAGUAUGGAAAGCAAAAUGGAGGAUUUUAGAUCGUAAGCAUCCAAAGUAUGGUCUGGUCAAGUGGAUUAAGCUGGUGACAGCGACGAUGGCGCUACACAACUUCAUACGUGAUUCACAUCGGGAAGAUCAUGAUUUUGUACAGUGGCAAAGUGGUGAUGGUGGAGAAGGAGAAGAAGCUGAUAGUGACGGAGGACCACCAGUUAGUGCACGAGAGUUGUUUAACCGAAAGCAUUCAGGUUUGCGAUCAGUGAUUGAGAGGACAUUUGGAGUAUGGAAAGCAAAAUGGAGGAUUUUAGAUCGUAAGCAUCCAAAGGUGGCAAAGUGGUGGAGGGAGAAGAAGCUGAUAGUGACGGUGAUGAAGAAGAAAGAAGAAGAAGAAGAGAAGAUGAUGGUGAUGGUGGUGAUGUGUGGACAUAUUGUAGAUGAGCCAGCCGGUGAUAGCGAUGGAAGCUUUAUGUGA